AUGGUUUAUAAUUCAUGUGGAUCCACGGUCAACAACAACAAAACCCUUUUUCUCUUAAGCCCAAUCUUUGUGGGAAUUCCAGCACACGCUGCCUGCAGCCCGCCGCCCCGCCACCUUAAGAGCUUCUGUCCCUCCCCCGCCGCCGUAGCUCCCCCCAGCCUCCCAUUGGCCUGUCUCUCCGGCGGAGCAGCUCGCAGAAAUGCAAAACUUGUUGCUGGCGGUGUGAAACGCAGCCAUCGCGCGCACAGCCUCAGCGCCACGCAGCAGCAGCAUGUGAAGCGCGAGCCUGAACGGAGCGCACUCGAGCCUGCUGUUGGACGAGCGACUGAGAAGAGAAAUCAGCCGGAGCGCGCGCGCGCACGAUCGCGGGAAGUAUGUUUCGGGCUGGAACAGUUCGGUCCCCAGAUUAAUUGCAGAAACGCCGGCCACGCUGAAAAAAACUUAAGCCAGCCAAAAGUAAGCAUGAGCUCUCAUUACAAGAGCCCAGGUUUCCACUCCGGAGGCCCGCCAGGGACGGUUGAGCCUGGUAUGGGCCCUCUAAACGAGCCUGCUAUGCUUGCGCUCAAUAUGAACAUGAAUGGAGGAGAGCAGUACGGAGGCUUCCAUCCGCGGGGCCACUCGGACAUGCAUGCGGGAGCACUUCAGCAGCAACCGCAGCAACAGCAGGCACCCAUGCAUGGGUUUUUUAACAACCAACAACCUCAUAAUCAUCCCCAUGGCCAUCAGGCUCAUCCACACCAACAUCAUCCACACUUUGGGGGAAACUUUGCAGACCCUGGGCCUGGAUCCUCCUGCUUACACGGGGGUAGGAUAAUGGGUUAUGGGGGCAGUAUGGGGCCUCAGCAGGGAUUCACAGAGGGCUUUGACCCACUCUCUGAGGGCCAGUCGGGGGAUGGAUUCUCUCAGCAGCAGCCACAGCAGCAACAACAGAGGCCAGGCUCAAUGCCAGACUUUCAGCACCAUGGACCCUCCAGUGGAAACCAUCCUGUCCCUGCCCCUUGCCUGCCCCUCGACCAGUCACCAAACCGGGCUGCCUCCUUCCAUGGUCUUCCUUCCUCUUCCUCGUCAUCAUCAGAAAGUCAUAACCUGGAGUCCAGACGCAUACCCCCACAAGGCAGUGUUGAGGGUUUGGACUACAACUUUCCCAAUGAGCCACCCUCUGGACAUUUUGAUGUAUCUGUGUUUUCACCCUCUGAUCCAGAUUCUCAACUCCCCCAUUUUGGGGGAGGGAGACAGGUGCCAGGGGCCAGUUUUCCUGGAAACCCAGCCCUAUCCCGGGCUUCAGGAAUGCAGGGCAUCUCUAAAGGACACUCCCAGGCCCCUCCUCAGCAGCAGCAGCCCCCAUCCCAGCACAGUGUGUUCUUUGAUCGAUUCGGGGGUGGGCGCAAAAUACCAGUGGGGAUGGAGCCUGGUGCCAGGCAUCCCCUCAUGCAGCAGCAGCAGACAGGGUUGAUGGGCCGACAAAACUCCUGUCCACCUUCCCACCCACGGCCCCCACAGCCUGAGGCUGGCUCCACCAAUGCCAGCAUGCAGGAGGGCGGCGUCAUGAUGCCUGGCCAGCAUAACCAGUUUGAAUACCCAAUUCACAGACUAGAGAACAGAGGGAUGCAUCCCUAUGGGGACCCCAUAUUCAAUAUGCAACAGCAGCCUCCCCCUCCCCAGCAGCCUCCCAGUCAGAGGCUGCAGCACUUUGACUCUCCUUAUUUGAAUGUGGCCAAAAGGCCUAGGUUUGAUUUCCCUAAUGCCCAUGGAGGGGAGAGCUGUGGCUCUUGGAACAGCGGCAUGCACAACCCACCUGGCAUGGAGAACCACAUCUCUCCCUCAGCGUACCCGGGCCUGCCUGGAGAGUUCACUCCCCCUGUGUCUGACAGUUUCCCACCAGGCCCACCACUACAACAUCCAGGGCCUGAGCAGCAGUCAUUGCAGCAGAGGCAGAAUGCUGCCAUGAUGAUCAAGCAGAUGGCCUCUCGAAGUCAGCAGCAGAGAAUGAGACAGCCCAACUUGCAGCAGCUUGGUCACCACGGAGAUGUCCCUCAGGGUCCUAUGGUUCAUGGAGGCCCUGUGGGGGGCCUGCCUCAGCCUGGCUUUGAGAGAGAUGGUGGCGGGAGGAUGGUGAACUUUGAUGGGCAGAAUCCACACAUGGUUCCUGAUAGUGGCUGGUUUCCUGGGCCACACCCACCUGGGGAGAUGCUCGGGCGCCGCAUGGGUGGCCCAGGUGGUGAGGCAGGCACUCAUGAUAUGCAGCAAAAUGGUGCUGCCAUGAUGUUUAGACAAGGUGUAAAUGGCCUAGGCAUGCCAGAUCCAAUGAGAAUACCUGGAGAGGGCCAUGUGCAGCCCUUACACUCACCCAGCAUACACCCUCAAUUUGGUAGCAGCAUGGGGAACCUAGCACAGAUGCAGUCACCUGGGGCAGGUGUAGGGCUACCCAACACACAAUCAGAAAGGCGUCCAAAUGACUUUUCAGGGCCACCUAUGGGUGCUCAGCCCUCCUUUCCUUUUGGGGGUUCCAGUCGGCAGGGGGGACCACACAAUAAUGCCCAGGGGGUGAGCACAUCUCCAGGGAGUUAUACCUCCCAAUCAGAGUUUCCAGCUGGCCAGCGCUCCUCAGUCAGCAAACUGGGGUCUCUCUCCUUGGGGAAUUUUAACAAAACAAGUAGCAAGGACAGUGUUUUCGGACAGAGCUGCCUGGCGGCUCUCUCUACUGCCUGCCAGAACAUGAUCGCCAGCCUGGGGGCCCCUAACCUCAAUGUGACAUUCAACAAAAAGAGCCAGGGAGAGGGAAAACGAAAGCUGAGUCAAACAGAGCAGGAUGUGAAUAACAGCACAGCCAAUGGAACUGGUAGUGCUGGGCCAGAAUUUUUCCCAGGCGGAGCCACCCCCCAAAGCACCCAGAUGCCUGGUGCUGGCAGUAGCAACACUAAGCCGACAGGUACAAACCAGACAGUGCAGGGGGAAGCCAGCGCCCUCUCCCCAAGUUACAACAUGGACGCUACCCCAUGCAGUGAGGGGAAAGCAGCAACAGGGAGUGGGAGAGGGAGAGGGAGGAGGAAGAGGGACAGCGGCCAUGUGAGCCCUGGGAUUUUCUUCCCCUCCGACAAUGGCAACCCUGUUGUGAGCCCUGGCCAGCAGGUCACACCAACAGCUGGCACUGGUGAGAGGGGUGGAGGAAUGCCUCAUGAAAAACCCCUCACUUCGCCCUCCUGGGGGAAGGGGGGCGACCUAAUGUUGGGCGAUCAAGCUGACCUGAUGUCAUCCCUGGACAGUGGCAUCCAGAGUGUAUCCAAGUCUGCCGACUGCUCACCUCGUGUUGACUUCCCAGAUGACAUAGGUCCCCACUUUGGCAAUGAGGAUGAGGUUUCAUCCAGUUCUGAUGCACCGACCUCAGCAAAGGCCAGCCGCAGCCCUCUGUUGGGUGGCUCGCCUAAGUUGCAGAGGGUGGACAAUGGGUUGAUGGGUGGGCAGAAAGGACAAGGCAUCGGCCUUGCCAACCACACUACCUCAACAUCAGAGGGCUACGGAGCAGUAGGCCACCCAGGUACGCCGGGCAUGGAGCAGGUCCGCACGCCCUCCAGCACUUCUGGCCAGGAUGAGAUCCACCCACUGGAGAUAUUGCAGGCACAGAUCCAGCUUCAGCGGCAGCAGUUCAGCAUCUCAGAGGACCAGCCUUUAGCCAUAAAAAAUGGCAAGAAAGGCAGUGACUGCAAUGGACAGAGUGGAGAUGGAGAGCUCGCCAGCUGCAGUCCGGAUGCUGGAAAAGGCUCUGUGGGCACUAUUGACCUGGACACACUCAUGGCAGAGCAGCAUGCCACCUGGUAUGUGCCCAGCGACAAGAGCCUGCUUGAAAAUUCAGAAGAGGAAAAGUCACUUACUGCAUGGGAAAAGACUAAGGGACAAGGCCCCAUUAAAGAAGAUGUGGAUCUCUCUCAGAAUAAAAGUGGAGGAGGAGGUGGAGCGGGGACUCCAGGGCCUGGGGGUGCAGGUCCUCACCUGCAGUGUCUGUCCGUCCACUGCACAGACGAGCUGGGAGACCCUAAGGGUCGCGGUGGGCCUGUCCCAUCCUGGCGCUCCCUGCACUCAGACAUCUCCAACCGCUUUGGGACCUUCGUAGCAGCGCUGACUUGAAUGUUGGAUAUGCGAGGAUGAAGAUGGGUUGGACUUUGGACCUUUGUAUUCUAGCCUAUGUGUGGAGAAAGGAAGGACGAAUCUGGAUUGUGAUAACAUGCUGAGAUGAACUUGUUAUGCACAUGGACAUCAUAUUCAUGAACACACAUACACACAUGUAUACACACAUACAUUCACACAUGUAUCCUAUCGGUGAACAGGACAGCGUGGCUGAGUUGAGUUCACCACAGGAAAACCUCAGACUUCUUUUCUCCGUUUUUUUGGUCAGGAACUUUUAUUUCUGGUUUUCUUUGAAUUUGUAGAAAACAAAUAAAUAUGGAAAUAUACGAACUGUUUGUGUGGGAAGUGGAAGAGAAGAGAAGGAAAAAUAAACAAUGUGCCCAGCUGUGUUGGUAUACCAGUAUUAAUUUGCUUUUCUUCAUCCCUUAAUAGUCAUUCCUCUAGCUCUUUUACAGUUGUGAAUCUGAAUCUGAUCUGGGGUUUUUCCCUGGUUUGCCAAAAAAAAACAUGGUGCACCUCCCCACCCAAAGGGCAGGUAAUCCCAUUGUCAACAGGAGGCACAAGAGCUUCUUUGAAAUUUGGCCUCUUUGAGCCACUGUAGUCUUGCAGACCCUGAAGACCAGGAGGCUGCCCUGUGGGUUACUGGGAAAAGAAAAAAAAUUGAAAGAAAUGGGGAAAGUCCAUUGAGGUGGUAUUUCGGGAAGGCUCACAAUGAUGUUCUAUCAUCUACCAACCAUCCCCCCACACACACACUCCUGAACACACAGCCCACCCCAACCCACAAAGAACGUCCAUUUAAGCCCCCUCUUUUUCCAGUUCUUUCAGGGUUUUCUUGUGUUUCAGUGCUUUCAGUGUUAUUUUAGUAAAUUUCCAUUUUCUUAACACUUGUCAGUCUAGUUUAUAACUUCCUCUCAUCCUAAGAGCUUGUUAACAUGCCUCAAUACUGGUGUACCAGACAAAGUGGGAAUAUACAGUAACAUCUUGAGAUGGAAAAUGGUAAACAAAACAAAUGAACAAAAAAGUAUUGGUAUUGCACAUGUAAAAUAGGAGAAACUUUUGCUGUGUGUUAGGCAAUCUUGUAAUCUUUAAAGAAAAUGCUUCAGUUGACUUUGAAUCUCUGAGAACUAGUAGAUGGAGGGCAGCAAAUUGCAGAGGUCAUUUUCUUAGUUUUUGUUGUUUGUUUUAUUUUCUUUUUUAAAAAUAAUAUGUAAAGUGCAGUUGUCUGUUUUCCUGCAUAUUGUAUAUAUAUGUAUAUGUUUUAUUGAGUAACUAAAUAACAAUAAAUAUGACGUUAAUGG